AUGUCAAAAUAUACAACUACAUCAUCAAGGAGGUCAGGUUUCCGAAGACAUAUUCCUCUUAUAUUAACUUUUACUAUACUUGGAUUACUUUUAACUUUUUUCGGAUUUUCAUCAUUUAAAGGAGCUAAAGAUAUUCAAGAAGUUAUAUCUAAUUUACCUAAUGAUAAAAUAUUAGGAUUAUCUAAUAUUUUAACUACAGAAAAUAGUAAAAAUCAAGGAGAAUUAUUAAUUAAAAUUGAAAAAUUACAUAAUAAAUAUUAUAAAGAUCAAGAAGAAAGAUUGAAAAAAAUUGAAAAACAAAAUAAUGAAAUUUUACAAGAAAUUCAUUUAUUAAAAUCUCCUCCUUCUUAUGCUAGUAUUCGAGAUAAAUUAACUUUUGUUUAUCCUUAUGAUGCUGAAGUUAGAUUUCCUGCUUAUAUAUGGCAAACUUGGAAACAUGGAUUAAAUGAUGAAAAAUUUGAUGAAAAAUAUCGUGAAGGUGAAAGACAAUGGGCUUAUAAAAAUCCAGGAUUUGUUCAUGAAUUAUUUAAUGAUGAUACUGCUCAUACAAUGGUGAAAUAUUUAUAUCGACAAAUUCCUGAAGUUAUUAAUGCUUUUGAAUCAUUACCAGAAGUUAUUUUAAAAAUGGAUUUUUUCCGGUAUUUAAUUUUAUUUGCUAAAGGUGGAGUUUAUGCUGAUAUUGAUACUUAUCCUAUUCAACCAAUUCCUAAUUGGAUUCCAGAAAAUGUUAGUCCUUUAGAUAUUGGAUUGAUUGUUGGGAUUGAAAAUGAUUCAAAUUCACCAAAUUGGAGAUCAGAAUCAGUUCGAAGAUUACAAUUAGGUCAAUUUGUUAUGCAAUCAAAACCUGGUCAUCCUAUAUUAAGAGAAAUUAUUGCUCAAAUUGUUUUAUAUACAAAGAAAUUAGAAGUACCAGAAUUAAAUGGUAAUCCAAAUGCUAAAGCUAUAUCAAUUAUGAAAUGGACUGGUUCAGGUAGAUUUACUGAUGUUGUUUUCCAAUAUUUAAAUGAUUAUAUUUUAUCAUCAAUUUAUGAAUCAAUAAAUUGGCAACAUUUACAUAAUUUACAAGUUCCAAAAUUAUUAGGUGAUAUUUUAGUAUUACCUAAAAUGUCAUUUUCUGCUGAAGAUGAAAAAAAUCCUUUAUCAUUUGUUAAACAUUAUGGUGAUAAAAUAUAUAAACAAGUGUAA